AUGAUUUGGAUAUUCGAGUAUGUUGUGCCAAAGCAUUAUGGAUUGGGUGAUGAUGUUUUAGCAUACGCUUUAGGAGUAUUACUUCGUGUCCUCGCUUUUUUUUAUUGUAUCGAUUUCUUGAAAAAGAGACCAGAAUUAAAUGUUCCACAGAAUUCAUUUCGAAGGCUUGUCGAUGGGGUGAACAUGUUAAGAGAUGGCUUUUCACCAUACAGCGGUGAUAUGCCACCUGUCAUCCUUAGCUUAUUCAGUGCAGUGAUCGAUCAUCCGCUUUUCUUGUUGGGAUUUUUUGUGAUCAUCGACGUGGUAACUAGUGAAAUUUUGUAUAUGAUAGCAAUGGUUCAUUUAAAAAAUCAAAAAAAUGACGCAAAAGAUGUAAAGCAGAUAGCUAAUUUUGUUUAUAUUCUCAAUCCUAUUUCUAUUGCUACUUGUGCUGUCUUCAGUUUAUCAGUUAUUUACAAUCUUAUUACUGCUCUUUUAAUCUUGGCAUUUGUAAAUGGUUGCUUGCUGUUCAGCACAAUAUUCUGCAGUAUUCUCAUUCAUUUUUCACUGUAUCCAGUUAUUUAUUUGUGCGCUUUACUUGUCAGAUUUUCAAAACUCCAACAACGUUUGCUGAUCUUCAUAUUUUCAAUCAUCUCGCUUACAUCUCUGAUGUUUUUAAAUUAUUAUCUAAAUGGAAGAAGCUGGGAUUAUGUUGAUUCCACAUUGGAUGUUCGUGAUUUAACGCCAAAUGUUGGCAUAUUUUGGUAUUUUUUCAUUGAAGUUUUCGAUCAUUUUCGAUGUUUUUUUCUGUGGGUGUUCCAAGUGAAUAUCUUUGUCUAUCUAAUUCCGUUAUCGCUAACUUUAAGAUCCAGUGCUUUUCUUCUUCUUCAUCAGUUAAUGAUACUCACUUCUGUAUUUUCUUCAUAUCCAACGAUGGCUGACAAUUUUCGUUGGGGACUGAUUAUUGGUGGAGCAUUAUCAACUACAAUGGUUCUAGCACCAGUCAUGUGGCAGAUGUGGGUAAUAACUGGAUCAGGAAAUGCGAACUUCUAUUUUGCAGCUACUCUGAUUUAUUCCGUGGCCCAGAUUCUGCUGCUAACUGACCUUCUUUAUGCACACUUACGACUGAAAGUUACAACUGAAAGAGGGAUAGUUGACGAGAACAAGGUUGCAACACUUGUUCUGAAAUAA